AUGACCAACUUCAACAUCCAAAUCAUCUCCGACACCGUCUGCCCGUGGUGCUACGUCGGCUACCGCCGCCUCACCCGCGCCAUCACAACCCACAAAGCCACCCACCCCGCGGACACAUUCACCCUAACCUGGCACACCUUCUACCUGAACCCGAACUCGCCGAGUUUCCCCGGUCUGGACAAGACCGAAUACUACAAGUCGAAGUUCGGCGGCGACCGUGCGCUUGCCAUCUUCGAUCGACUGGGUGCCGUGGGCCAGAGCGAAGGGAUCAAGUUCAGUUUUGGCGGGAGGACGGGGAAUACGCGGGACUCGCAUCGGUUGAUGUGGUAUGCGGGGCAGAAGGAGAAGGAGAAGAAGGAUGUAGAAGAGAAGAAAGAAGAGAAUGUGGUGAUUGGGGGGUUGCAGACGAGGGUGGCGGAGGAGUUGUUCCGGGCGUACUUUGAAGAGGAGAAGAAUGUGACGGAUCGAGAGGUGUUGGUGCAGGCGGGGGUUGGGGCUGGGUUGGAGAGAAGUGAAGUUGAGAGGUUGUUGGAUGGGGAGGAGGGAGGGAAGGAGGUUGAUUUGGAGGCUGAGAAGGCGAGAAGGCAGUUGGUGACGGGCGUGCCGUAUUAUAUGGUUCAGGGACAGUAUGCUGUGGAAGGGGCGGAUGAGCCGGAGACCUUUUUGGAGGUGUUUAAGCAGGUGAAGAAGAGUUCUUGA